CAUCAAAUUCUUCACAUAGUCACUUAUAGAUGCCGACCACCACCACUACACAGAAACACUUGGUUCUAGUCCAUGGGCUAUGUCACGGAGCUUGGUGUUGGUACAAGGUUAUGACCCAUCUGAGAUCCGCAGGCUAUCGCGUGUCAGCUGUGGACCUUGGUGGAUCUGGGGUGAACCCAAGUCGACUUGAGGAAAUAGCCACUUUUGCCGAUUACAUACAACCACUGUUUCAGUUUCUCGACUCAUUAUCAACCGAUGAAAGGGUGGUGUUAGUGGGACAUAGCUACGCCGGACUUGCUAUCUCUCUGGCCAUGGAGAGGUUUCCCCAAAUUGUCUCGGUCGCGGUUUUCAUCACAGCCUACAUGCCAAAUUAUAGGGACCCACCCGUCCUACAGAUGACACAGUACUUUAAGAACUUGAAGCCGGAAAUGUAUAUGGAUUGCCGGUUCACGUUCAAAAAUGGAUCACCGGCAUCAGCUGAACUAGGAGACAAUUACUUGGCCACCAUGAUGUAUCAGAACUGUCAACCGGAGGACCUGGCCUUAGCGAAGACGUUGAUAAGACCGGGUCACUUUUUCUUGGAGGACAUGAGCAAGGAUUCUCUUCUAACCAGUGAUAGAUACGGCUCGAUUAGUAGGGUUUACGUGGUUUGCGAAGGUGACCGCGUUGUGGAUGAAGAGUUUCAGAGAUUUGUCAUAGAAGACAGUCCCCCUAAUGAAGUCAAAUCUUUUCCAGGAGCUGGGCAUAUGAUCAUGUUGUCAAUACCGAAAGAUAUAUCUCUUUAUUUGCAGGAUAUAGCUGCUCGAUACCCGUGAUUCAAUUCUAUAGAUAUAUUAUGUAGUAAAACAAUGUUUGUGAGGAUGAUCUAAAAUACCUUGGUUUAUGAAUAGUUAAAGUGCAUGUUGUUUCAUAACUUCACCAUGUCUUAAUGAUUUUGUUAAAUUGAUAUUUCAAUAAAUGUAAACCAACUACGGCUUUAACUCUU